AUGAGGUAAAUGUCUGUGUAGGAACCUGAAAUAGCUGGCUAUUUGCAGAUAAAGCGAAAGAUGUUUUGGGUAAUUCGUUAUGCCGAGAUAAUUAAUGGAAAUUUUUACUAUUACUACAACAAAGGAGACACAAAACCUAGAGGAGUGUUUGCAUUAUAUGGUUCGAAAUCGAAUGAGAUGUAAACCUCAGAUAAUGAAAACAUAAUUUAAUUCGUUACCUCCAAGCAAUAAUAAUCUCAAAGAUUACUUAUAAGGUGUGACAAUAAUUAAGAUCAUCGUAAUUGGUUAAUCAAAUUAAACUUUUAUUCAUAAAAUCAAAGCUAAAAUCCUUAAAAUUUAAUUAUUAAUGGAAGAAAUAAUGGAAACGAUAUACUCUCUUCUAUGCAGUUAUAGCAAAAUUAGCAAAAUAGUUAAAAUACUAAUUUAUAUGAAAGAUCUGAUAUAGACAGUGUCGUAUCAUCGUCUACUAAUCUAAAAUUAAAUAAUGGCAAUCAAAGGUAAAAUGAUAGAAUCAGAGGCGAUUAGUUAAUUAAUGAUUCUUAAAAUAUCAAAUUUGUUUAUAUACAAAAUGACACUUGUAAGUCUAACCCUUAUAUUUUUGACAAUGAAUUUUUAACAAAUAAGCAAGGAGGAAGUGGGUCAAAUAUUGCAUUAGAAAAAAAUUUACAAACUGCCUUAGAUAACUUCAAAGAUUGUAAAAUUCUUAGCGAUAUUGACAAGAACAUAAGACUAUAUUGUAGCGAAUCAGCAGUAAAUUCUAUUUGUAAACAGUAAUAUAGCAAAAAUAAUUCAAGCAGUUCUCCUAAUGAUUAGGAAAGGUUCUUCACUUAGUUAAUGAAUUAAUACUUUGAUUCACCUCAAAUGAAGAUGCUACUGACUUUUGUUACAGUUAUUAUUUCUCUGCUUGUUUACCAAAGCUUGCAGAUUUUAGACACAAAGAACUUAAUUAUAACUAUAUUAGUUAUGAUUAACUUUAUUUUGGUUCCACUAUUUGCAAGAAAGCUGAAUGAAAUGACUUAUUAAAGCUAAAAAAAGAAGAUGAAAUAAAUUAAACAGGGAUGCAUAGCAGAGUACUUUUUCCCUCACAAUCCAAAUGAAAUACUCUUUGUUUUAACAAAAAACUUUGAGAAACGCAAAGAAUGGCAAAUGAAUGUUCAAAAAUGCGAACUAAAACCUCUUUCAAACUCAAAUGAAUACAUAACAACCUUUUACAGACGUGAUCCAGAAGUAUUCAUUUAGAAUGUAAUAAGAGAUAAGGAUGUCGUUUACUUAACUGAAGAAUCAACUACUCACAAUUUCUUGCGCAUAUUCUAAAUACCUUGCAAUUCUUAAAUAGAAGAUGGCACAAAUGUGAAGUAUUAUUUUUAUUCUCCUUAUACAAAAAUCUCUGAUAUGAAUAAUAAUCCUAAUUCUCCUCUUUUGCUUUAUGGAAUCAAUUUUUAUCUCAAGUAACUCAAGAGAAAUCCCUUUAGUCCAUUGUUUGCCUAUUAUAGCUAGAGUUUAGGGUUUGGAACUUAAAGAGAUAACUCACAACAAUAACCUGUAGAAAUAGAAUAGCCAAAAAGCAAUACCUAAGAAAACAAAAUUGUUUAGAAUAAAAAUGUAAACAUUGCUAGUUAGAGUGGCUAAGAAAAUAAAAAAGUUUAGAAAGAAGAAUAAUAAGAUGAAGAGGAAUCUAAAGUAGAUGCUCCAUAAAAUUCUAAUCAAGAACCUCAAUUAUUGGAAGGUGAAGCUGGAUAAAAAUAUAACAAAAAGAUUAAGGAACUUAUAGAUUUGAUGAAAAAUAUAGCUCCUUUGGACCCAAAAAAUAAAUGGAAAGAUAAUGACAUAAAGGCAGAAUAUUAAACUCAUACCAAAAUAGAUGAAGAAACAGGCAAUGUUAUGUCAAGAGGAGAAGUUAAAAUCAUGAAAUCAGCUUAAGAAAUCGUUGAUUUCAUUUAAGAUGCAAGUAAAAGAAAAUCUUGGGAUGAAAUGUUUAAAGAGGGUAAAGAAGUUUAAGCUUUAAGUGAAAAUUGUCGUAUUGAACACAAUGUUUUUAAAGGCAUUUUCCCAGUCUCUGAUAGAGACUUUUGUCUUCUUUAAAUUAGUUUAAAAAUAGGAGAUAUACACUAUUUAUUGGCUACUUCUGUAGAUCAUCCCUCUGUUCCCGAAGUUUCAAAACCUGUUCGUGCUACCUUAAAAAUAGGUGGCUGGUUAGUAGAACCUAUUUCACCUACUUAAAGCAAAUGUAUCUACAUAACUUGUAGUAAUUUAAAUGGCAGUAUAGCAUAAAGCAUAAAAGAUAUGGUUGCUAAAAAAUAAUCAAUGAAUUCAGUCAAGCUUAAAAAAUCUAUUGAAAAAAAAUGA